GAGAAGGCGCAGGAGCGGCGGCGGCGGCUCCCGAGCACCCGAGGGGGUCCGAGCCCCGGCAGCUAGCCAACCCCGCGCCACAAAGGGAGCGCCCCCGCCGCCUGGCACGCCACCUCCCUCCCCAAUGUCCUCGGCCAUCGAGAGGAAGAGCCUGGACCCAUCUGAGGAGCCAGUGGAUGAGGUGCUGCAGAUCCCCCCGUCCCUGCUGACAUGCGGAGGCUGCCAGCAGAACAUCGGGGACCGCUACUUCCUGAAGGCCAUCGACCAGUACUGGCAUGAGGACUGCCUGAGCUGUGACCUCUGCGGGUGCCGGCUGGGCGAGGUGGGCCGGCGCCUCUACUACAAGCUGGGCCGGAAGCUCUGCCGGAGAGACUAUCUCAGGCUUUUUGGCCAGGACGGUCUCUGCGCUUCCUGCGACAAGCGGAUCCGUGCCUAUGAGAUGACGAUGCGGGUGAAGGACAAAGUGUACCACCUGGAGUGUUUCAAGUGUGCCGCCUGUCAGAAGCAUUUCUGUGUGGGCGACAGAUACCUCCUCGUCAACUCCGACAUAGUGUGUGAACAGGACAUCUACGAGUGGACUAAGAUCAAUGGGAUGAUAUAGGCCGGGGCCCGGCACCCCCGGGGAGGCGUUUCACUGAAGUCACUGUCUCCGCGGGGUCUUCACUCUUAGGCAUUUUGGGGGAUUUGAGGGUGGGUUGAGGCAUUUCUUAGGGGGUGUAGACCCUGACUGGGCACCAAGAAGCGAGACACAGCAUCUAAGGGACAGAAUGCAAGGGACAAAACUAAAGGUGACAAAAUGACUGGCCUCUAGGGAGAACUUCAGGACAGUGCCCACAGCCUGUUGGUAAUAACUGACAUGACUAGUGAAGGACAGGAGUGUUGGGAGGCGCUGGGCCAUCAUGGUGGGACUUCCCAUCUACAGAUGGGGACUUGUUCCGUCAAGACUCGUUAUGUCUUUGACCCUUGAAAACUAGAGACGUGCAAUUGAUUUCUUUUCUUCCUGGCUUUUAUGACAACCCUGUUCCAAUCACUGUCCUCCGCACAAGGGAAGGACAGAGAGAAGAGUGGCCAUCCUUUCCUUCCUGGCCACCUUCCCAAGGCCUUAAGCUUUGGACCCAAGAGGCACUGCAUGGAGACAACAUUUCAGUUGAGAAUGAAAACUGCAACUUUUAACCAAACAAUUAUUUAAAGCAAUGCUGAGGAAUCACUGUUUUUAGACACCUUAGUUUUGAGGUAAGAAGUUCCACAGAUUGUUUCUAUAUAAAUGUAAAUCUAAAAAAAAAAGUUGUUCAACUAUUUUAUUAUCUUAGAUUAUAUCAAAGUAUUUGUUGUGUGUAGUUAGAAAAAACUCUGCAGACAAUAAAAAUGACAGACUAAAA